AUGAGCGACUUCUGGCACAAGUUGGGCUGCUGCGUGGUGGAGAAGCCGCAGCCUAAGAAGAGGAGGAGGCGGAUCGACCGCUCCAUGAUUGGGGAGCCCAUGAACUUCAUGCACUUGACGCACAUCGGCUCUGGCGACAUGGCCGUCGGCGAAGACCUGCCCAUGGGCAAGGUGGGGAUCAGCACCUGCUGGGGCAGCUCCUGA